AUGGCGCCUGUGCGCCGCUACUUGCGAAUCACGAAAUAUUCGGUCCUGGAAUGCCGCAUCUACCUCGACAACCCCUCCCUCGCGCAGUCAUGGCUCCUGAACCCCCGCAGUCCCGUUCUUCCGCGCGUCAUCGAAAGCAUCCGGCCGCUCGUUCUUCCCAAGCUCCGCGAGGAUAAGGAACGAAGCAGGAAGAAGGGUUCCAAGAAGAAGAACAUCAAAGACGUCGUUGUGCAAGACGAUUUUGAAGUAUCCAUGUUCUUGACCGAAACGUCGACUCGCCACUCUCUUCUGACAAAAAAGAAGCUCUUCCUGGACAAGGCCCCCCCCAUGAUGCAGUCAAAUUCCACAAAACUCAUAGACGAGACCAACAUCGUCCCCGUUGACGUGGACGCUGGGCGUGACGUGGCUGUUUUGCGGCAAGAGCAUAGCGACGACGACGACAACGACAACGACGUGAGACUGUCAGAAGUCCCGGUUUUCGGUGCUCAGGCCCAAUCCAAGAGACAUCGGAACAGUAUUGAUUCAAGACCAAGUAUCGAAAACAGUGAGGAAGACGCACAAGGUCGAGAUGCCGUUGAAAUUGAUUCCGACGCAGACGAACAACCGCCGUCGAAGCGGGCACGAUACCCUGACGCACGAGGAGAAAACGACGUAGAAGAAGACGAUGACAAGAAGAAGCUGGCCAUGGACGUCUCCUACGAAGGGUUCGCCAUCUACGGGCGCGUGCUCUGCCUUGUUGUGAGGAAACCAGAAAACAAAACCCCGCGAGCUCGACAGGACGGCACCAACAAGCGGGGAGGAGGCCAAGCCAGCAUGGAGAACUGGAUCACCUCUACCCAGAUUCCAGUCGAUGAAGAUGUGUCCUGA